AUGAAUCUGGUUCAAGAUGAAUUCGCCAUCUACUUUGAAUAUGAUCUUGCUGCACCUCCAAAUAAAUUGCCAAACUCAACGCGUUUCAUUCUGAUAUCUGACACUCACAAUCGUACAUUCGAUAUUCCAUACGGUGAAAUUCUCAUACACGCAGGUGAUUUGUCUACUCUGUCCAACAUUGAAUAUGGAGUAACUGCAAAUUGGCUUGCAUCAUCUUCCUGCCCUUCAAAAGUCAUUAUAGCUGGAAAUCACGAUAUAAUGUUACUGAGAGAGGGAUAUCCAUAUACAAAUGGCAGUUGGAAUCUAUCUCACAGCGACCCCGACGCUAUACACUUCCUAUGUGGAAUUCAAGGUGUCACUAAUGGUGUUUACUACCUCCAAAAUAACACCAGAGAAAUAGGCAUAGAUAGAAAGACAUGGAAGAUUCUUGGUUCUCCUCUAUACCCCUCCCGUCGACCAACGAAGCAUACAGCUAUGAAAGCAUUACAAACAGUCAGCAGCUUUGAACCUACCGAUGUUUUAAUCACCCACGGUCCUCCUCGAAACAUCCUCGAUAAAACCCAAUCCAAUUUACACGUCGGCUGCAUCGAAUUGACAGACGCACUGCCGCGUCUGAGACCAAAACUACAUGUCUUUGGACAUAUACACGAAAGCAGAGGAUUUCAAGUCGUUCAUUACGACAACGGUGACUACACUAUUCAUGUCAAUGCAGCUAACAGUCCAGUCGGUGGUCAUUAUGUGAAUGAUAAGGAUAAGGAUUACAAUCUGCAUGCUGUGAUUGUUGAUAUUGUCAAUCUGUAA